AUGCCGACCACACACGUUUCUCCCGAGUCCCAGGACGAGUUAAGGGAAAUCGCCAAUGGACUACUCAAGGCGCGCAAGGUUAUCGUUGUGACUGGUGCUGGUAUCAGCACGAAUUCGGGCAUUCCUGAUUUUCGUUCCGAGAACGGUCUUUACUCGUUAAUCAGUGCACAAUUCGACGCGGCAACACAGCAGGCGCGUCUGCUUGAAGGAACCACCGAUGACAAAACAUCUGACUCGGAAGCUCGCCCGGCGCCCAAGAGAAGAAAAGUAGUACGCGAUGAGCUACCUGAACCUGAAGAGGAGUCGGGCGAAAUGGAGGAAGAAAUAGAAGUUCAGUUGGAAGACCCUGAGCCGGUAGAAGAGGAGAAAGUCGCAGACACGAUUCAGGUCGAGGGUGAUACAGAAGACGAAACGUUACUAGACGAUUCACAAGCACCGCUGUUAAAUCCCAGGACGACACGCUCAACUAUCGCUAUUCCAACUUCCCCGCUCUCUUCACCUCCGCCUGAAGACUUUCGCCUCACACCGCCCGCUGCUUUCCGAAGAACGCGACGGAAUCAGUUGAACGACUCUGGAAUCCCACCUAGUUCUUCGCCACUAUCUUCACCACCUCCCGUUCUAUUCGAGCCAUUCUCAUCCCACGCGACGACAGACGAUGGCCCAAGUAGUCGCAGCAGCACGUCACCAUCCGAGGUUGACGACACCCCGCCUUCAAACCCCAGUUUAUCACAAACAAAUCUUGGCGCAGGCAAGAAUACACUACCCAACAUGAAGGGGAAGGACAUGUUUGACGCAUCAAUAUGGUCGGAUCCGUUGAGAACGUCUGUGUUUUAUACGUUUGCAACGACUCUGCGCCAAAAGGUUAGAAACGUGGAGCCCACAAGUUCUCACAAGUUUAUUAGCCAUUUGAGGGACCGCGGGAAGCUUGUUCGUUGCUACACGCAAAAUAUUGAUCAGAUUGAGGAGAAGGUUGGGCUUUCAACCCGUCUCGACGAUGGACCUGGUAGCCGUGGCCGCUUCUCUCGAAAGUCAACUGCCAAUCUUAAUCAACUCAACAGAAUGGUUGAUGAGGUUAACGCCAUGACCGAAGCAAACUCGGACAAAUCACAGCAAUCAUCGGACAAUGAGGCUAGCCAACAAUCACAAUCAAGUCAGCCGCGAGGGGACUUGCUGCCAGCUUCUCAAGCUGAAUCUGAUCAAGGCGCAUCAGAAGAUGCUAUGACUGCAGUACAGAACCUUCGCCGGGACCUACCCAAGUCUGGCGUUGAGUGUGUCUUCCUUCACGGUUCGUUGGAGCUCCUCCGAUGUUUCCUCUGUGGUCGCGUUUGUUCUUGGGACGAUGACGGACGUCAGCUGGAGACCAUGUCGGGCCAACAGCCCGAAUGUCCUCACUGCGUAGGCGCUACUGUCGCUCGCGAAGAGCGCGGAAAACGAGCUCUGGGUGUCGGCAAAUUGAGGCCAGAUAUUGUGCUCUAUGGUGAAGAGCAUCCCAAUGCGCACCUCAUUAGCCCAAUUGUUACUCAUGAUUUGGCUCUAUGCCCAGAUCUCCUUCUAAUUCUCGGCACCAGCUUACGAGUUCAUGGCCUGAAGGUGAUGGUCAGAGAAUUUGCGAAGGCAGUCCACGCCAAGGGUGGAAAGGUUGUCUUUGUCAACUAUACUAAACCCCCAGAGAGCUCAUGGGGGGACGUUAUCGACUACUGGGUCCAGUGGGAUUGUGAUGCCUGGGUUUCUGACUUGCAAGAAAAGAUCCCCAAAUUAUGGCAAACACCUGAACUUCCCAAGCUCAAAAAGAAGCGGGAGUCGAGUGGCGCUGGUGAGGAGAGCGAAAAGACGGAUGCGAAACGGCCAGUCGCCGCCUACCCCGUUGCUCUUCGUGAUACAAAGGUUGCAGGCGCUUACUGGGUACCCAAGAUAAUGAAGGACCUUCGCAGGAUAGCCGGAUUCGAUCCUCUUGAGCCUAGAGAGAUAGUGGCACUGCCCGAGAUUGCAGCACCCGUUAUUGCAACACCCAUUGUUGCAGCACCAACCGAGGUUCCUCUACCUCUGGCUGAACCCCCAGAGCCACUCACGAACAAAACCAUCGCAAUCCAAAGGAGAACCAGACGGUCUCGCAAGUCUGCACCGGGUGCUUUGGAACGAUCCAAGAAACCUCCCUCCACACUAAAUCCCAAUCACGGCCGGACACUUCGCAAUGCCGAAACACCCCAGCCUUCCAAGGUCGAAGAACCUCAAGUACCAUUCAGUCACAUCCUAAGGCCUGAAAAAUACAUGGCCGAAAGCUCAAUCAUCGAUUCGGUUAAGGGCCGAACUCGAAAGCGCAGGAGGAUUGACGGGGAAGAAGUCGAACUGCCCACAGCUGGUAGACGCCAGUCCGGUCAUAAAGCUGCACAAAUGGACAGCUCACUCCAUCUUCCACCACUGAAGCCGCAAGCACCGUCCCCUCACAACAGUCCACCUCACAAACGGUUGGUGCCGAUGGAACCACCACACACCCCAACCCCAAAAUUCGAGACUCUAGAGAACCCCAAGCCAUAUUAUGUGAACACGCAGCCGCAGCCAGUUUCACCAAUGGUCAUGCCUAGCUCACUGCCGCUGGCACAGAUUUCUCAUAACACGAGACCUUUCACACGCAGUCAAAGGUCCUCAAUGGGUCUUGAAGAGUGUCCCCCACAGCCCGUGACUGGGUAUCCACCAGAGAAGUCUCUUGGGUUAUAUUGUAGCCAUCAGGAUUCUUACAGCUUAAUGAUGAAGCCCGGCAUGUGCCAAGCAGAGUCCGAUACACUCGCGGCUCUGGCUAUGUUGAAACACGGUCAAAUACCCGAAGUGGUAGCUAAAGACUUUGUUCUUCCUCAACAGAGAGGCGUGCGAACACGGUCAUCAUCAAGGAUUCGGGAGUCUAACAACAAAUGA